GGCCGGGGCACUCCGAGCAUGAGCGAGGCGGACGGGCUGCGGCACCGCCGGCCCCCGAGGCCGCAGGUGGUCACGGACGAUGGGCCGGCCCUGGAGGCGAAGGACGGCAGCUCCUUUAGUGGCAGAGUUUUCCGGAUGACUUUCUUGAUGUUGGCUGUUUCCCUUGCCGUUCCCCUGCUUGGAGCCAUGAUGCUGGUGGAUUCCCCCAUAGACCCACAGCCUCUCAGCUUCAAAGAACCCCCUCUCUUGCUUGGUGUUCUGCAACCAAAUACGAAGUUACGACAGGCGAAAAGGCUAUUUGAAAAUCAACUUAUUGGCCCAGAGUCCAUAGCAAAUAUUGGGGAUGUGAUGUUUACUGGUACAGCAGAUGGCCGGGUCAUAAAACUUGAAAAUGGAGAAGUGGAGACUCUUGUCCGGUUUGGUUCAGGCCCAUGCAAAACCCGAGAUGAUGAACCUGCUUGUGGGAGACCCCUGGGUAUUCGGGCAGGACCCAAUGGAACUCUUUUUGUGGUUGAUGCCUACAAGGGACUAUUUGAAGUAAAUCCCUGGACACGUGAAGUGAAACUGCUGCUAUCCUCUGAGACACCCAUUGAAGGGAGGAAAAUGUCCUUUGUGAAUGACCUUACAGUAACUCAGGAUGGGAAGAAGAUUUAUUUUACAGAUUCUAGCAGCAAAUGGCAAAGACGAGAUUUUCUGCUUCUGGUUAUGGAGGGAACAGAUGAUGGGCGUCUGCUAGAGUAUGACACCGAGACCAAGGAGGUGAAGGUCUUACUGGACCAGUUACGGUUCCCUAACGGAGUACAGCUUUCUCCUGCGGAGGACUUUGUCCUGGUGGCUGAGACAACCAUGGCAAGGAUAAGAAGAUACUACGUAUCUGGCCUAAUGAAAGGAGGAGCUGAUCUGUUUGUGGAGAAUCUGCCUGGAUUUCCAGACAACAUCCGACCCAGCAGUUCCGGAGGGUAUUGGCUUGGCAUGUCGACCAUUCGUGCCAACCCUGGAUUUUCCAUGUUGGAUUUCUUAUCUGAGAGACCCUUUAUUAAAAGAAUGAUAUUUAAGCUGUUUAGUCAGGAGACAUUAAUGAAGUUUGUGCCCCGGUACAGCCUUGUCCUAGAGCUCAGCGACAGUGGGGCCUUCAGGAGAAGCCUGCACGAUCCCGAUGGGCAGGUGGUCACCUACAUCAGCGAGGUGCAUGAACACGAUGGACACCUGUACCUGGGCUCCUUCAGGGCCCCCUUCCUCUGCAGACUCAGCCUCCAGUCUGUGUAGACCCGGCAACUGCCGUGCCAGCUGCGUCACACCGACACUGCACCGGGGCAGGAGGCACUGUGGACACCACCUCCCCUGCGCCUGUGGGCCCUGGAAUUGUGGUGCAGCCCGCAGAUGUGCAGCCUCUGCAGAACCCCUUCGCCAGGCUUGACUUCACAUUUAGUGGGAAGUAUAACAUCUGUCAUAGGAAUAAGUCCAUGGAAAGCCAUUUUCUCUUUACCAAACUUUUUGAAGUAUAGUAGUUCUCUAAGGACUGGGGAGACUUCGUGCACUUUGGAUGGGGCUCAGGUUUUGGUGGACUGAGGGUGAUGGAGCUGUUCGGGGAGUUUGUUUUGGCUCCCUGCUCUCCUACCAGCUUCAUGCCUUUAUUAUAAAAUGGGAUAAUACCUUUCUUUGGGGUAGGGACAUGAAAAAGGCAAGGAGAGCACAGCACGAAGGUGCCUUGAGGCCAGCAGAUGAGCUGUGCAAGCUGAGACGUCAGAACUGCAUCAUCCUGAGCUGGGGGACGAGGCCCCGACCACUGGGCUUCCCUUCCCUGUGUGUCACCCUCCAGCCUGCUCUGCUCGGCUUCCCCCCUCAUCACCAGUGGUUUUCAAAACUCCUGAGUCCUGUCAACCUGGGACUCCAGUGCCCCAGGAUGGUAUGUAGGAAAAGCAUAUUGAUUCUAACAGCUCAGAGAGGACUCACUGGAUUUCUUGCGAACAGUCAUGUGGAAUGGUCUGGUGGUGACUUGGCAUAAGGGCUCACGUGGGAAAGUCCCUUUUACGCUCCCUUAUUCCAUACCUCUAGACCUGCAGAUGUGCAUGUGUUACUGUUAUAUUUGCUUGAGUGUCACAAGACUGAAGCUGCUGUGCAUCUUGAUAAAUAUGUCUAUGCUGGUCAUAAUUUUGUCAGGGAGAUCCUAGUAAUGAGAUCAUUAAAUGGCCUCUGCUGAUUAGUCACUUUUGAUGCCGUUACCUAGAAAUUUUGUUUCUACUUUAAAUAUUAUUUUUUAACAGUGACAAAUACUUUCAUCAAGUAUCUGAGGAUUGUUUCAGCUGGGGUUUUGCUGUAGGCAUGAGUGGUUCAUCAGGUUUUCUCAGGCCCUGUGACAUGGCAGUGUCUUUAGGCAGCUAAGCAGCCGCAGGCAUUGAUUCACUCCUGGUCAAGUUGGCACUACACUCCUCCCGGUUUUCCAAACCACAAUGUUGAGUUAAUUGCAGUUCUUUUCUUCCCUGGAUGUUUGUGAAAAUACACAAGAGUUAUGUCUCUGGAAUGAGUUUUAAUAACUUGACAAAGACAGUAUUCUCAAUAUGUGAUGAUACUAGAAUUAGAACAGUACUGAGAGCUGUGAUAAAACUGGAACCAUUUGUGUCUUGCCCACUGGCUGGCCUCGCUCUUUGCUCUCUUUCCCAGCAGCUGCCUUCCCCCCCAUGUGUUGGUCUGGCCUCAAACUGUGGAAAGGGUCUGGAGUCCGAUGCUUGGCUAGUCUUGUGUCACCCUCCUUGGGGCUGGCUGAAUGUACAGCAACUAGAGCCAAAGGUCGAUCAGUCUAAUUGAUGUGAUCCAUAGUGUACCAGAUGAAUGACUUAAUAUUGUUUAUAAAUUUAUAGGAAAGAAAAUUGAGUAGUGAUAAUUACAUAUUUUUUAAUAGUUUAUGGUGCAUCUCAUAUAUCUAGUAUACAGGGAUAAUAAGGUACAAUCUGACCCUUCUGCCAUAAAAAAUGUUCAGACAUGCCAGUGUGUAUGUAAAUGCACUUUUAAGUUGACUUCUUGAUUAUGAAUAGAAGGCUUUGCCUUUAGCGCUUAAUUUUUAUGGACACAAAGAAACUGGUAGAUUGCUUUUCACAGUUUUCAGCUGAGGAGUCUUGAUUUUGACUCAGGUGUUGAUUUUGUAUCUCAGAGUGUCAUUUCCUGUAUUUAUCUGGCAAUUGGUAUGGUGAAUUGUAAAAUACAACCUUCCUAGGUUUAAAUAAGUGAUAAUGCUUUUGUUGUAAACAAAAUGGAUUUGCUUUAAUGUGAAUUACUAACUUGCUCUUAAAAUUAAAUCAUGAUUAAUUCAUUGUGUGUUUCUUUAU